ACCAAAAAUUUGUUUGUUGAUAAAACUUUUUUAAAAAAAAUUGUUAAAUUUUUUACAUUUGUACUAUCGUCGAAAAGAAGCACACCAAAACUAAAUACAUAUUUUUUUAUUAAUUAAACUCAUUAAAAAUGGCAAAUUUUGUAUAUCCCGAAGAACUAACGUUUUUUAUUGAAAGUAUUCGACCGUUUCAAAUCAAAGAUGUUGGUUCAACAAAAUGGUUGGAUGUCCAUGAAAUGAUCAUUAAACUAAGCCAACAGGCUUUAUUAGAGGCCGCUGAACAUCGUGAAGAGGAGGUGAAGGAAAUGCUUAUAGCUCGUGAUAAGCUUAAGGUUCUAAUACACGAAGCAUUUUGUAUAUUUUUGUGGAAGACGAAAGUUUUGCCGCAUUUAUUAGACAUUGAUCCAAAUCCUCCGGCGACGUUUUUAAUAUACACGGUUUUAUUUCAUGAAGCAGCGGUUAUGUCUUUAUUGGACAUGACAUUAUAUCAUGAAAGUGGUUGUGAGGCGUUGCAGGACUCGGCUAUCGAUUUAAUUGACUAUUGCGCUCAAGCAGUUGCACAAGUUAUUGGUUUAGCGAGCAUGGGUUAUCACGAAAAUGAUACUAACGUUGAUGUUGAUGAGUCCAUACUUACAGAACUUGAGCGUCAAAAAAGGGAUUUAAUCUUUAAAAUUGGCUUGAGAUCUGUCUCCAUUCUAAAUUAUUUGGCUGACAAUGUAAACUCUUUGCCAAUAAGUGCCACUAGGCGCUUGGUAGUUACCCACGAUAUACCAUGGUUAAUGGCAGACCUUUUAAAUUUCCGUCCUUGGCAAAGAAGAACUAAAAAGGGUGUUGAAAAAUUCAUUGAUGAAAAAUGGAUUGUUGUAAAAGGUGAGACAGUGGCAAAGGUUGUUAAACACGAAGCUCAAGCUUGGUUUUGUUUGCGCCAAAUUCUUUUCAACGCCAAUCUAAUGCAAUCAUAUGAGAUAAAUGACGAAAGACGCAAACAAUUGAGUAAAUGUCAAGGACUUUUACAUGAAACUCUAUUAGACCAAUUGCCACCUCUAAUUGAUCUAAAACAAAUACUAUGUCAGCUAACAAUGUCUGGUAAAAGUUCAAAUGCUUCAAAAAAAUCCAAUUUAGUUUUGGAAGAACUUCCCGAAAUUAGGGAAAAUCUUAUAUUCGAAACUGAAGAAUCUGGUGGAUUUUUGGCUAUAGCCCAGUUACAGGAAACAAUAUUUCUAACCAAUGAUAAAGAACAAAUUUUAACUACAGCUCAACAUUUAAAUGCCGCUUAUAAUACUGAUUUGUUAGCUGAACUGGAAGCUAAAGUUGAAGAAGCAGAAAAGAGUUUUGAACAAAAAUCAAGUAAUAUUAAUGAUGAAAAAGUCCAUAAGUGUGGUAAAUGUUUAAGAGAAGCCGAAAAGAAAUGUUCCAACUGCAAAAUGGUAUACUAUUGCUCAAGACAAUGUCAACUUGAUGAUUGGACCAAACAUAAACAUAACUGCAUCAAAAUAUAGAUCAAGAACAUGCAAACCCACAUUUAAUAUAUCAACUAUUAAUUUUAACGCAAUAAACAAAUACUUUUUUUUUCUUUUAAUAUUUAUCAAUUUUUAAUAAAAAAAAUUUAUCCUGAUUUAACAUUAAAAAAAAUGUUUUUUAUUGUUUUAAAACUACAUCUAUGUUUUAGCCACAUUUGUUGUUAUUUUGGUGUGUUUUUGAUAAAAACAAAAACAAGAUGCAUCGUUAUCAUCAUUCAGAUGAACCCCAUUUACAGACUAGACUACAUAAAUAGGAAUUUGUAGUUUAGCUGUUUUGUCUGAGGUGCUCCUUGACGACAUCCAAAGCUUGGGUUUCCUCACCGAAGUCCUUGAUGACAACAACGGAACAGCCGCAAACCUUACGGGGCUUGCCUUCUUUGUCGAUCUUGCACAAACCAGACCAUUCACCGAGCUUCUUGUGGGAGUCGACACGGAUCAAGGGGAUUUGAUGUUCAUGACAGAGGGCAGUAACGAGCUUCUUGUAGUUGGGUUCGUCAAAAGACUCAGCCAAGA